AUGCCCCUCAUAAUCUGUGUUGGACAACACUUAGCUAUGACAGAGCUUAAGGUGAUUCUUGCUAUGAUUCUGUUGAAGUUUCGCUUCUCCUUGUCACCAGCAUACCAGAACUCCCCUGCUUUUAGCUUGGCUACUGUACCUCAACAUGGUAUUCUUGAGAGUGACUUCUUGAUAUGUUUGUUUCAGAAGCUCAAGGGCUCGAUGAUCGAAGCAUUAUUCGCAAAAUACGUUCCACCGUCACUAAAAGGCAGAGGAAAAGACUUAUACGGGUCAGGAAAACAAAAGAAAGUUUUGAUGUAUUUGUCUUGUUCUUCAUUUUGGGCUGGAUUAAGUAUCUAG